AGGGCAGCUACAUAUUCUCUCUCUCUCUGACUCGCAGAGAAACUUUAAAAAGAGUUUUUGAGCCUGAUCUGGCUUAAAGACUAUUUCUUACACACACAGAGACCACUGGCAGCUCCAGCAGCCUAAACAUCUGCUCCUUAUUGAGAACCCCCUUCCAUUGCUGUUGUUCCUCCUCCCCUUUUACUGCUGCUUAGAGCUCAGGUCUUGCCCAGACCUUCGUCUCCUCUAACAAUGUUUUCCUGCUCUGUGGGACAACUUGUUUGCUGAAAUUUCCUAACCUUUUUGGGGGCGGAGGGGGGAGAACCAAGUUCCUCUCCUAGGAAAAAGCAAAGGCGAGUGGAAGCGGCAGCACCCCGGGGGCGGUGCAGCUCGCUCGCAGGCAAAGUGAGUUGCACACACACACAAACUUUGGAGGCGAGGAAAUCCUUGCAUCGGGAGCUUUGUGGCGUUUGCUGGCUGCAGGGGCUCUUGCUGUGGAAAUGGCUUGGAUCAGGUGGGGCUUUUUGCUGUGUGCAUGUGUAUUUUUGUCACCGGCACUCGACGCCGCUGAAAAGAGCAGGCUGAGGAGAAUCACAUACGUACUGCGCCCCAGCCAGGCGGGCUCCCCCAGCAGCCGGCUGCAGAGCUCGGCUCCUCUCCGGGGCCAGCAGCAGCAGCAGCAGACUUUUAACGUCGCGCUGAAUGCCCGGUACAGCACCAGCACCCUGGAGCGGACUCGCCGGAUGAGCAAACCGGGAAGUCCCAGCAUGCAGCUCCACUUGGGCUCCAGCGUGCAGCUCCAUCACAGACCCGGUGGCCCCGCAGCCCUCUUCUCCAAGCCAGCCAGGCUGGUUCAGCGCUCCAAGCUGCAGCAACGGGAGACCCGCAGCAACAGCAGCUCCAGCCCGCAGGGUCACCAGAGGCACCCGCUGCAGGGGGUGAAUGUCUGUGGAGGACAGUGCUGUCAUGGCUGGAGCAAAGCUCCUGGCUUCCAGAGGUGCACCAAACCUAAUUGUUCACCACCAUGCCAAAAUGGAGGGAUGUGUCUGCGACCUCAGCUUUGUGUGUGUAAACCAGGGACGAAAGGUAACUCCUGUGAGGAUACUGUCACGCAAGAUACUUCUUCCACCGGAGGUCAGGGCCCUGUGGCACCACCGUGGCCAAUUCCUCAGCAGGCUGCUCAGCAGACUUUCUCUCAGAAGGUACAGGUUCCACAGAAAGUCAGCCCAGUGGCUCAGAUGAUGUUCACUCUCAAGCAGAAGCCGCCUGUUGGAUUACCUCAGCAACUGCAAUCACAAAUGAUACCCCUUUCAUCUCAGACUUUGAUGAUGAAUCUUCAUCAUGGCCAGACACAAGAAUAUGUGAUCAAACCCAAAUAUUAUCCAGCAAAGAAAGUGAUUUCAGGAGAACAAUCUGCUGAGGAUUCAUUGCCUCUAAGAAUGGGCCAGAAUCAACUUGCAUCACCUUUCCAUUUGGGAAAUCACACUGGCCGCAUCAAGGUGGUCUUUACACCCAGCAUCUGUAAAGUGACUUGUACCAAGGGCAAUUGUCAGAACAACUGUGAGAAGGGAAAUACCACCACCCUCAUUAGUGAAAAUGGCCAUGCAGCUGACACCCUGACAGCCACUAAUUUCCGAGUAGUUAUUUGUCAUCUUCCGUGCAUGAAUGGUGGCCAGUGCAGUUCUAGAGAUAAAUGCCAGUGCCCUCCUAAUUAUACUGGUAAACUCUGUCAAAUCCCAGCGAAGAAUGCCAAUACUCCAAAACUUUACCAUCAACCACAGCAGGCAAGCAAGACCAUUGGAUCACACGUCAUCCACUCUACGCAUACUUUACCACUGACUAUGCCUGGACAGCAAGGAGUAAAAGUGAAGUUCCCCCCUAACGUAGUGAAUAUCCAUGUGAAACAUCCCCCUGAGGCCUCAGUACAGUUCCAUCAAGUUUCAAGAAUUGACAGCACAUCAGCAGGACAGAAAGUGAAAGUACCCCAGCCAGGACAUCCCCAGGUCUCUUAUCAAGGUGUUCCAUAUCACAAGACCCAGAAAGGAUAUUCUACUUACCCACAUCAGCAACCCAUUCCUCAUGUGUUUCCUGUUUCUGCUAAAACUCAGCUUGGGCGCUGCUUUCAGGAGACUAUUGGGACACAGUGUGGUAAAGCGCUCCCUGGCCUAUCAAAGCAAGAAGACUGCUGUGGAACUGUGGGUACUUCCUGGGGCUUUAACAAAUGUCACAAAUGUCCCAAGAAGCCAUCUUACCCUGGAUACACCCAAAUGGUGGAAUGCCCCCAAGGUUACAAGAGAAUUAAUGCUACCUUUUGUCAAGAUAUUAAUGAAUGCCAGCUGCAAGGGGUAUGCCCUAAUGGUGAGUGUUUGAAUACCAUGGGCAGCUACAGAUGUACCUGCAAAAUGGGAUUUGUGCCAGACCCUACUCUUUCAAGAUGCAUACCUGAUAAUCCUAUGGUCUCUGAAGAGAAAGGGCCCUGUUACCGGUUUGUCAGUGCAGGAAAGCAGUGCAUGCACCCUCUCUCUGUUCAGCUCAGCAAGCAGCUCUGCUGUUGCAGUGUUGGCAAGGCCUGGGGCCCACACUGUGAGAAAUGUCCCCUUCCAGGAACAGCUGCUUUUAAGGAAAUCUGCCCUGGUGGAAUGGGUUAUACGGUUUCUGGCUCUCAUAGAAACAAGCUAUAUCAUCACCCUGCAGUUAGAGUACAGCCACCUGUCAUUGGCAAGACCCAGAUUACUCAACCUGUUGCUAAAGGUACUUCUCCUCCACCUCUCCCAGCAAAGGAAGAGCCAGUGGAGGCACUGACCUUCUCACAGAAAAGUGAGCCUGAGGUGGCUGUGCAAGAAGUGGCAACUGCAGCCCCUGAUCAGGAAUUAGUUUCACUUGAUGAUCAAGAAAAACCUGUGCUAGAGCCUGGUCAACCUCAGCUUUCUCCUGGGAUUUCAACAAUUAACCUGCAUCCACAAUUUCCAGCAGUGAUUGAAAAAACCUCCCCUCCCCUGCCUGUUGAAGUUGCCCCUGAAGUUUCUACUUCAAGUGCAAGUCAAGUAAUUGCACCUACUCAAGUUACAGAAAUCAAUGAGUGCACAGUGAACCCUGAUAUCUGCGGAGCAGGACACUGCGUUAAUUUGCCUGUGGGAUACACCUGCAUCUGCUAUGAUGGGUACAAGCUGAAUGAUCAACAGACAAAAUGCUCUGAUAUCAAUGAGUGUGCUCAGACUCCCCAUCUGUGCUCCCUUGGGCACUGUGAAAAUACAGAAGGGAGUUUCCUGUGCAUUUGCCAAACAGGAUUCAUGGCCAAUGAAGAAGGAACAGAAUGCAUUGAUAUUGACGAAUGCCUGACCCAAAGUAUUUGUCCAGAUGAACAAUGCAUUAAUGGUCCUGGCUCUUACCACUGCGUUCCUUGCACAGAUGGAUUCAGAGGCUGGAAUGGACAGUGCCAUGAUAUAGAUGAAUGUCAGUAUGGCAAUCUCUGUACAAAUGGACAUUGUGAAAACAUCGAGGGAUCUUUCAGAUGUACUUGUAGCCAAGGUUAUAAACUAUCUGCAGCAGGGGACCAGUGUGAAGAUAUCGAUGAAUGCCAGCAACAUCAUCUCUGCACAAAUGGGAAUUGCAGAAACACAGAUGGGUCUUUCAGAUGUAUUUGUAGCCAAGGUUACACAUUAUCAUCUAUGGGAGACCAGUGUGAAGACAUUAAUGAAUGCCUUCAAGACAGUGAUAUUUGUCUUAGAGGAAACUGCAUGAAUACUGAAGGUUCUUAUGAGUGCACUUGUCCAGAUGGCUUCCAGCAGAUGGCCAACAGGGGAUGUCAAGAUAUCGAUGAAUGUGAAGGAUCUGAACUCUGUUUGCCACAUGGGGAAUGCCUAAAUACAGAUGGUUCUUUCCACUGCAUUUGUGAACAAGGCUUUUCAGUUUCUACAGAUGGCCAAACAUGUGAAGAUGUUGAUGAAUGUGUUAACAGCACUCUAUGUGGCAGUCAUGGGUUCUGUGAAAAUACACCUGGUUCCUACCGCUGCCUUUGUUACCAGGGGUAUCAGGACCCACAGGAUGGGCAAGGGUGUGUGGAUGUGAAUGAAUGUGAAAUGCUGAGUGGGGUAUGUGGUGAAGCCCUCUGUGAAAAUGUAGAAGGCACCUUCCUGUGUCUCUGUUCCGAUGAAAACCAGGAGUAUGAUCCAAUGACUGGACAAUGUCGCUUCCGCACAUCAACAGAUUUACCAGUAGAUGUUGGUCAACCUGCAGAUGAAAAGAAGGAAUGCUACUACAAUCUAAACGAUGCUAAUUUCUGUGAUAAUGUGUUAACAUCCAACAUCACCAAACAAGAAUGUUGCUGUACGUUGGGUGCUGGCUGGGGAGAUAACUGUGAAAUCUUCCCAUGCCCCGUCUUUGGAACUGCUGAAUUUACUGAUUUGUGUCCUGAAGGAAAAGGUUUCAUCCCCUCUGGUGAUUCAUCAUAUGGAGUCAUUACACAGAAUUACAGAGAUGCAGAUGAAUGCCUGCUCUUCGGACAAGAAAUCUGUAAAAAUGGCUUCUGUCUGAACACACAGCCAGGUUAUGAGUGUUACUGUAAACAAGGCACAUACUAUGAUCCUGUUAAACUCCAAUGCUUUGAUACAGAUGAAUGUCAGGACCCAAACAGCUGUGUGGAUGGCCAGUGCAUUAACACUGAAGGAUCUUACAACUGUUUCUGUACCCAUCCGAUGGUUCUGGAUGCCACAGAAAAGCGGUGUAUCAGACCAGCAGAUUCAAAUGAACAAACUGAAGAAACUGAAGUCUACCAGGAUCUUUGCUGGCAACAUCUGAGUGAGGAUUUUGUUUGUAGCCGGCCUCUGGUUGGAAAGCAGACUACGUACACUGAGUGCUGCUGCUUAUAUGGUGAGGCCUGGGGCAUGCAGUGUGCACUCUGUCCCAUGAAGGACUCAGAGGAUUAUGCCCAGCUGUGCAAUGUUCCAGUUCCAGGAUCUCGACGACCAUAUGGACAAGAUGCUUUGGUUGACUUUGAGGAACACUAUACCCCAGAAACUGAUCCAUUCUUUGUUGAAGACCGUUUCCUGAACAGCUUUGAGGAGUUACAAGCAGAGGAAUGUGGCAUUCUGAAUGGAUGUGAAAAUGGCCGGUGUGUGAGAGUCCAGGAAGGCUAUACCUGUGAUUGUUUUGAUGGCUACCACUUGGACAUGGCCAAAAUGACUUGUGUUGAUGUGAACGAAUGCAAUGAAUUGAACAGUAGGAUGUCUCUCUGCAAGAACGCCAAGUGCAUUAACACAGAGGGUUCGUACAAGUGUUUGUGUCUGCCAGGCUAUGUACCUUCAGACAAGCCAAACUACUGCACACCACUGAACUCAGAAAUAGACAGUGAACUGGAGUAGAGAAGAAUCUACAUAACCUAAGCCCAUAUACUCUGCACUGUAUAAAGAAAAGGAAGAAAUGUAUUUAACUUGAGCUGAGGAUGCACCUAAUUUAGAGUGAUGACUAUAUGGAAAACAGCAUUAAAAUGUGUUUUCUUGAAGGUGAAAUGUGAUGGGUUGAUAUUCAUCAGCUUCACUGAAAUGACAGACCAAAUGGACACAUUUCUCUAUAUGGAAGAAAAUCAAGUAUAUAGUGUGUUCAUAAGUACAACUCAUUGGAAAUGGGCAAAACAGUGCUGUUAUUUUAAACAGAAGAGGGGGUGGUUGUUUUUGUUUUUACUAUUGCUUGAUUUAAUUGGCAUUUAAAUAGCAGUGAAAAUAUUUUAUUACUUUUUUCAUUUUUUGAUUGUGCAGUUCCUUUCCUACCGUUUCUCUUCAAAACUUUUUUCUGAACAGUGCAAAUUCUUUUAUACAGAUUUUUAAGGCCAUUUUAUAAAAAUUGUAACACAGGGUAAUGCUCCUCCAGUUCUUUUCUGGACUGGAACAUUGGUCACUGACUUUUUUAAUUGCCAGUUGUCUGCCCUGUGGAGCAGGCACUGUUUGUUCUCAAAUGUUUAUACACCUUGGAGAAAAGUCCUCUGUACUCAUUUUGUAUUCUACAUGGUCUUUUACUGCACUUAAAAUCCUUAGAACCUUUCUUGCCAAGUUUCAAAGCUGCUAGUGGACAACCAUUGGAUUCCUUUUGUACAUUAAAACAAAAGAUUUGAGCUCAUGUCUGUAUUGUAAUAUGUAAAUUGAACACAAAAGAGAUCUUGUAUGAUUACCCUAACAUAUUAAAGCUGUAUAUUAUAACUCAAUAAAAUCACUUUUUUCCUUUUU